AUGCGGGACAACCUGCUUUUCUUUGGCUUCGACGAAUUAAGUACUGCUGAAAGUAGGCGAUCUGAGAAUUGUGCAAAUACUGUUCUGGACUACUGUAAAAACACCCUGAAAAUCGUAGAUCCAGAAAGUAGAAUUAAAAUCGAAAGAGCGCACAGGCUUGGAAAUAAAUAUGACAGUACGAAAUCGAGACCAAUUGUGGUUAAGUUUAAUCAUUACCCAGAUAAACUACUGAUAAAGCAGAAGGCCUCUGAUUAUGCAAAAAGCCUAUCAUCUCAGCCAAAGAUACGCGUCAGUGAGCAGUUUCCCAAAACCAUUCAGGAUCGGCGACGCUUGUUGAUCCCGGCGAUGAUAAAAGCUAAAAAUGAUGGAAAGACUGCUUACCUAUCCUAUGAUAAACUGUUUAUCAACAAUAGAAUGUACACGGUGGACAAUGUGUCCACUUCUGGAUAUAGCUAG